AUGGACCAAGGAACACCUCAGUCAUCAGGACAGAGUUACAGCAUCACUAACAUCAUCUCUGAGGACAGAGGAGAAUAUUACUGUGAGGCUGAGAAUAAAUAUGGACGUCUCAACUCUUCUUCUGUGUCUGUGGACGUUCAGUACGGCCCAAAGAACACCUCAGUGUCAGUCAGUCCCUCUGGUGAAAUAGUGGAGGGCAGUUCAGUGACUCUGACCUGCAGCAGUGAUGCCAACCCACCUGUGGACAAAUACACCUGGUACUUUCAAAAUAAGACUUUUCUAAAUGGAUGUGGACAGAUGUACAACAUCAGUAACUUCAAGUCUAAGGACAGUGGACAUUACCACUGUGAGGCCUGGAAUAGAAGAGGAUCUAGGAACUCUACAGCUCUGAUGAUCAUUAUACCAGGGAAACAAACAUCAGUUGUGACUGCAGCUGUAGGAAUCAUAGUGGUUGUUCUGGUUCUCAUCCUCUGUUUCUCUGGCUUCAUGUGGUUCAGGAAGAAGGCCUCUAGAUCCCCCUCUGACACAAGAGACACAGCAGACGAUGGACAGGGAGACUCUAGUCCAGUGUAUGACAACAUCUCAGGCAUGGCCAUGACCUCUACUGCAGCACAGACAGCAGCCACAGAUGACCAGGAUGAUGUUCACUACGCCAGCGUCCACUUUUCUCGCUCCAGAUACCAGGAAGUGCCUCUGUACUCCACCGUCCAGCUGCAUCAACCACAGAAACAGGACCAAGAUGUCCAAUACGCUGCUGUGGAAUUCAACCGCCCCAGUUCUGCCACCCAGUGA